CUCUUAAAAGGCGGUGGCGGUGGCGGCCACGCUGCGCGCGUCCAGGCUCACCUUGGCCAUGAGCAGCGCGGCCCGCCCGGACCCAGCGGAGGCGCCCGAGGAGCGGCGUUUCCUCAGCACUGCGGAGGCGGCAGCCCUGGAGCGGGAGCUGCUGGAAGAUUAUCGCUUUGGGCGGCAGCAGCUGGUGGAGUUGUGUGGCCAUGCCAGUGCUGUGGCUGUGACCAAGGUGUUCCCCUUGUCUACUCUCUCCCGGAAGCAGAGGACAGUGCUGGUCGUGUGCGGCCCGGAGCAGAACGGGGCGGUGGGGCUGGUCUGUGCCCGGCACCUGCGGGUGUUUGAGUAUGAGCCGACCAUCUUCUACCCUACACGCUCACUAGACCUGCUGCACCAGGACCUGACUACCCAGUGUGAGAAGAUGGACAUCCCCUUCCUGUCUUAUUUGCCCACAGAGGUCCAGCUUAUCAACGAUGCCUAUGGGCUGGUGGUGGAUGCCGUGCUGGGCCCUGGCGUGGAGCCGGGAGAAAUCGGAGGCCCCUGCACUCGCGCGCUGGCCACACUCAAGCUGCUGUCCAUCCCUCUUGUGAGCCUGGACAUUCCUUCAGGCAUGCCAGGCUGGGACGCGGAGACCGGCGGCGGCGACGCCGAGGACGGGCUCCGACCGGACGUGCUGGUAUCGCUCGCUGCGCCCAAGCGCUGCGCGGGCCGCUUCUCCGGCCGCCACCACUUCGUGGCCGGCAGAUUCGUGCCCGACGACGUGCGCCGAAAGUUCGCUCUACGCCUGCCAGGCUACACGGGCACCGACUGCGUCGCGGCGCUGUGACCGCCUCCGCGUCCUCGCGGCUCGGACCCGCUCCAAUAAACAGACGUCCCCCCACCA